AUGCACCAGCAGCAGCAGCCGGAGCAGCACCCAGAAGAGGCGAACUAUGCAAGUAGCACCAGAAUUCCUCUCCCUGGUGACGGACCAGCUAUUCAGUCAAACAGUUCAGCACCAUCCAAGCAAACUGUUCUAUCUUGGCAAGCUGCAAUUGAUGCUGCUAGACAAGCAAAGGCUGCCCAAAAUAUGAGUACCACCACAGCCCAGCCUGUAGGGUCUCUGUCCCAAAGAAAACGCCAGCAAUAUGCCAAGAGCAAAAAACAGGGUAAUACGUCUAAUAGUCGGCCACCCCGUGCCCUUUUCUGUUUAUCCCUCAACAACCCAAUACGAAGAGCCUGCAUUAGUCUAGUAGAAUGGAAACCGUUUGACAUAUUUAUACUACUGUCUAUUUUUGCCAAUUGUGUGGCCUUAGCUGUUUACAUCCCAUUCCCAGAAGAUGAUUCUAAUUCAACUAAUCAUAAUUUGGAAAAAGUAGAAUAUGCCUUCCUGAUAAUUUUUACAGUUGAAACAUUUUUGAAGAUUAUAGCAUAUGGAUUAUUAUUACACCCCAAUGCAUAUGUUAGAAAUGGAUGGAAUUUAUUGGAUUUUGUAAUAGUAGUAGUAGGAUUAUUUAGUGUAAUAUUGGAACAAUUAACCAAAGAAACAGAAGGUGGCAGCCACUCAGGUGGCAAACCUGGUGGCUUUGAUGUCAAAGCCCUAAGAGCCUUUCGUGUAUUGCGACCUCUCCGGCUUGUAUCAGGAGUGCCCAGUUUACAAGUUGUCCUGAACUCCAUUAUAAAAGCCAUGGUUCCCCUCCUCCAUAUUGCCCUUUUGGUAUUGUUUGUAAUCAUAAUCUAUGCUAUUAUAGGAUUGGAACUUUUUAUUGGAAAAAUGCACAAAUCUUGUUUUCUUAUUGAUUCAGAUAUACUAGUUGAAGAAGAUCCAGCACCUUGUGCAUUCUCAGGGAAUGGACGUCAGUGUGUCAUGAAUGGCACUGAAUGUAAGGGUGGAUGGGUUGGACCAAAUGGAGGCAUAACCAACUUUGAUAAUUUUGCAUUUGCGAUGUUGACUGUGUUCCAGUGUAUAACUAUGGAAGGAUGGACUGAUGUGUUAUACUGGGUAAAUGAUGCAAUAGGAUGUGAAUGGCCAUGGAUCUAUUUUGUUAGUCUUAUCAUCCUUGGCUCAUUUUUCGUACUUAACCUGGUUCUUGGUGUACUUAGUGGAGAAUUUUCCAAAGAAAGAGAAAAAGCCAAGGCCCGAGGGGACUUUCAGAAGCUACGUGAAAAACAGCAGCUUGAAGAAGAUCUGAAGGGGUAUUUAGAUUGGAUUACACAGGCAGAAGACAUUGACCCUGAGAAUGAUGAAGAGGUUGAUGAAGAAGGCAAGCGGAACACAAGCAUGCCCACCAGUGAAACUGAAUCAGUGAACACAGAGAAUGUGAGCGGAGAAGGAGAGAACCCAGCAUGCUGUGGGAGUUUAUGUCAAACCAUCUCAAAAUCCAAGUUCAGUCGACGCUGGCGUCGCUGGAAUCGAUUCAAUCGAAGAAAAUGCAGAGCUGCAGUAAAAUCUGUCACAUUUUAUUGGCUUGUUAUAGUCUUGGUCUUUCUGAACACAUUAACUAUCUCAUCGGAGCAUUAUAAUCAACCUGACUGGCUGACCCAGAUCCAAGAUAUCGCAAAUAAAGUUCUUCUGGCUUUAUUCACCUGUGAAAUGUUAGUAAAGAUGUACAGCUUGGGCCUACAGGCUUAUUUUGUUUCUCUUUUUAACCGCUUUGAUUGCUUCGUUGUUUGUGGUGGCAUUGUUGAAACCAUUUUGGUGGAGUUGGAAAUUAUGUCACCCCUUGGAAUUUCAGUGUUUCGCUGUGUUCGUCUCCUGCGUAUUUUUAAAGUAACAAGGCACUGGGCAUCCCUGAGCAACUUGGUAGCAUCCUUGUUAAACUCAAUGAAGUCCAUUGCUUCACUGUUGCUUCUGCUUUUCCUCUUCAUCAUAAUCUUCUCGUUGCUUGGAAUGCAGCUGUUUGGAGGCAAAUUUAAUUUUGAUGAAACUCAAACAAAACGGAGCACCUUCGAUAAUUUUCCACAAGCUCUUUUAACUGUAUUCCAGAUUCUAACAGGUGAAGACUGGAAUGCUGUUAUGUAUGAUGGUAUAAUGGCAUAUGGUGGCCCAUCAUCGUCAGGCAUGAUAGUCUGUAUAUAUUUCAUUAUCCUCUUCAUCUGUGGUAACUAUAUCUUGCUAAAUGUCUUCUUGGCCAUUGCUGUGGAUAACUUGGCAGAUGCUGAAAGUCUAAAUACAGCUCAGAAAGAAGAAGCUGAAGAAAAGGAAAGGAAAAAGAAUGCAAGAAAAGAAAGUCUGGAAAACAAAAAAAGUGAGAAGUCAGAAGGUGACCAAAAGAAGCCCAAGGAUAGUAAGGUGAAAAUUGCUGAAUAUGGAGAAGGAGAGGAUGAGGAUAAGGAUCCCUAUCCACCCUGUGAUGUACCAGUAGGUGAAGAUGAAGAAGAUGAGGAGGAUGAACCAGAGGUACCAGCAGGCCCACGUCCCCGUAGAAUAUCAGAACUAAAUAUGAAGGAGAAAAUAACACCGAUCCCUGAAGGGAGUGCCUUCUUCAUUUUCAGCAGCACCAAUCCAAUUCGAGUGGGAUGCCACAGACUCAUCAAUCACCACAUCUUUACCAAUCUCAUCCUUGUCUUCAUCAUGCUGAGCAGUGUUUCCCUAGCAGCAGAAGAUCCAAUUCGCAGCCAUUCUUUUCGAAAUAAUAUACUUGGUUACUUUGACUAUGCUUUCACAGCCAUCUUUACUGUUGAAAUCCUGUUAAAGAUGACAGCUUUUGGAGCAUUCCUUCAUAAAGGGUCCUUCUGCAGGAAUUAUUUUAAUUUGCUGGAUUUGCUGGUUGUGGGUGUUUCUCUGGUAUCAUUUGGUAUUCAAUCAAGUGCUAUCUCAGUUGUGAAGAUCCUCAGAGUUUUAAGAGUCUUGAGGCCUCUAAGGGCAAUAAACAGAGCAAAAGGACUUAAGCAUGUUGUUCAAUGUGUCUUUGUGGCUAUUAGAACUAUUGGCAAUAUCAUGAUUGUUACAACUCUGCUGCAGUUCAUGUUUGCUUGUAUUGGAGUGCAGCUGUUCAAGGGAAAAUUCUACAGGUGCACUGAUGAAGCAAAACAGAAUCCCGAGGAAUGCCGAGGGAUAUACAUUGUUUAUAAAGAUGGAGAUGUUGAUAAUCCAAUGGUCAAAGAGAGGGUCUGGCAAAAUAGUGAUUUCAACUUUGAUAACGUUCUGUCUGCUAUGAUGGCCCUUUUUACAGUAUCCACUUUUGAAGGCUGGCCAGCGCUGCUAUACAAAGCCAUUGAUUCAAAUGGCGAGAAUGUAGGACCUGUAUACAACUAUAGAGUGGAGAUCUCAAUUUUUUUCAUCAUCUAUAUCAUCAUAAUUGCUUUCUUUAUGAUGAACAUAUUUGUUGGUUUUGUGAUUGUUACAUUCCAAGAACAGGGAGAACAAGAGUAUAAGAACUGUGAGCUGGACAAAAAUCAGCGUCAGUGUGUAGAAUAUGCCUUGAAGGCACGUCCUCUUCGUAGAUAUAUUCCAAAAAAUCCUUACCAGUACAAGUUCUGGUAUGUGGUGAAUUCUACUGGAUUUGAAUACAUCAUGUUUGUCCUCAUCAUGCUGAACACACUUUGCUUGGCUAUGCAGCACUAUGGACAGUCUAAGCUCUUUAAUGAUGCAAUGGACAUUAUGAAUAUGGUUUUCACAGGAGUGUUCACUGUUGAAAUGGUUUUGAAACUGAUUGCAUUCAAACCCAAGAUUUUUGUAAGAAAAAAAGAAAGAUGGCUAGGCUAUUUUAGUGAUGCCUGGAAUACGUUUGACUCCCUCAUCGUUAUUGGCAGCAUAGUAGACGUCGUUCUCAGUGAAGCUGAUCACUAUUUCACUGAUGCAUGGAACACUUUUGAUGCCUUAAUUGUUGUUGGUAGCGUCGUUGAUAUUGCUAUAACAGAAGUUAAUCCAAAGCCAACUGAAACAGUCACAACUGAUGAGUCUGGGAACUCUGAAGACAGCGCUAGAAUCUCCAUCACUUUUUUCCGUCUCUUCCGGGUGAUGAGGUUGGUGAAGCUGCUUAGCAGAGGAGAAGGAAUCAGAACUUUACUGUGGACAUUUAUUAAGUCAUUUCAGGCUCUGCCUUACGUUGCCCUUUUGAUAGCCAUGCUGUUCUUCAUCUAUGCUGUCAUUGGAAUGCAGGUAUUUGGAAAAGUGGCCAUGAGGGACAACAAUCAAAUAAACAGAAACAACAAUUUUCAGACUUUCCCCCAGGCUGUGCUUCUUCUCUUCAGGUGUGCAACUGGAGAAGCCUGGCAGGAAAUCAUGCUGGCAUGUUUGCCUGGAAAACGCUGUGAUCCGGAAUCUGAUUAUAAUCCAGGGGAAGAAUACACAUGUGGAAGCAAUUUUGCCAUAAUUUAUUUUAUCAGUUUUUACAUGCUUUGUGCAUUUUUGAUUAUAAACUUAUUUGUGGCUGUCAUUAUGGAUAAUUUUGAUUAUUUGACACGUGACUGGUCUAUUCUGGGUCCCCAUCAUUUGGAUGAGUUCAAAAGGAUAUGGUCAGAAUAUGACCCUGAAGCAAAGGGAAGGAUAAAGCAUCUGGAUGUGGUUACAUUACUGAGACGCAUUCAGCCACCACUUGGUUUUGGCAAAUUAUGCCCUCACCGAGUGGCCUGCAAGAGGUUAGUAGCCAUGAAUAUGCCACUAAACAGUGAUGGAACCGUCAUGUUCAAUGCUACUUUGUUUGCUUUGGUUAGGACUGCUUUAAAGAUAAAAACAGAAGGUAACCUAGAGCAAGCAAAUGAAGAACUUAGAGCAGUUAUAAAGAAAAUAUGGAAGAAAACAAGCAUGAAAUUACUUGACCAAGUUGUCCCUCCUGCUGGCGAUGAUGAGGUAACCGUGGGGAAGUUCUAUGCCACCUUCCUGAUACAGGACUACUUUAGGAAAUUCAAGAAACGCAAAGAGCAAGGACUGGUGGGGAAAUAUCCUGCGAAGAAUACCACGAUUGCUCUGCAGGCAGGACUAAGGACACUUCAUGAUAUUGGCCCUGAAAUACGCCGAGCUAUAUCCUGUGACUUGCAAGAUGAUGAACCAGAGGAAAACAAUCCAGAGGAGGAGGAAGAUGUUUAUAAAAGGAAUGGUACCCUCUUUGGCAACCAUAUAAACCAUAUUAGCAGUGACAGACGAGAUUCAUUUCAACAGAUCAACACCACACACCGUCCCUUACAUGUUCAGCGGCCUUCAAUUCCAUCUGCAAGUGAUACUGAGAAAAAUAUAUAUCCUCAGGCAGGAAAUUCUGUAUACCACAAUCAUCAUAAUCACAACUCAGUAGGAAAGCAAGUUCCAAACUCAACGAAUGCCAAUCUCAAUAAUGCCAACGUGUCCAAAGUUGUUCAUGGAAAACACACAAAUUUUGGAAAUCAUGAGCAUAGAUCUGAAAACGGUUACCAUUCACACUCCAGAACUGAUCAUGAGAAGCGUAGAAGGCCAAGCAGUAGGAGAACCCGCUACUAUGAAACUUAUAUUAGAUCUGACUCUGGUGAUGGGCGUCGACCUACUAUUUGCCGCGAAGAACGUGAAGUUCAAGACUAUUGCAAUGAUGAUCAUUAUUUGGGAGAGCAGGAAUACUUCAGUGGAGAAGAGUAUUACGAGGAAGACAGUAUGUUGUCAGGAAGCAGGCACAUGUAUGAUUACCACUGUAGAUAUCACUGCCAUGACUCGGAUUUUGAGAGACCAAAAGGUUACCAUCACCCACAUGGUUUUUUUGAGGAAGAUGAUUCACAGAUCUGUUAUGAUAUGAAAAGAUCUCCCAGGAGACGGCUGCUACCUCCAACGCCAACACCAAAUAGAAGAUCUUCCUUUAACUUCGAAUGCCUCCGCCGACAAAGUAGUCAAGAUGACAUACCACUCUCUCCGAAUUUCCACCAUCGCACUGCUUUACCACUUCACUUAAUGCAACAGCAGGUCAUGGCUGUCGCAGGUCUGGAUUCCAGCAAAGCUCAUAAACAUUCACCAAGUCGUUCAACGCGUUCCUGGGCUACUCCACCUGCAACCCCUCCCAACAGGGACCGUACUCCGUAUUACACGCCUCUGAUCCAGGUUGACAGGGCUGAAUCUACAGAACAUAUGAACGGUAGCCUGCCUUCCUUGCAUAGGAGCUCUUGGUACACAGAUGACCCUGAUAUUUCCUACCGAACAUUUACACCAGCCAAUUUAACUGUACCUAAUGACUUUAGGCAUAAACAUAGUGACAAACAGAGGAGUGCAGACAGUUUGGUAGAAGCGGUACUUAUAUCGGAAGGCCUAGGAAGGUAUGCAAAGGACCCUAAAUUUGUUUCAGCUACAAAACACGAGAUUGCUGAUGCAUGUGACAUGACUAUUGAUGAGAUGGAAAGUGCAGCAAGUAAUCUUCUCAAUGGAAAUAUUAGCAAUGGGACCAACGGGGAUAUGUUUCCCAUUUUAAGCAGACAAGAUUAUGAACUUCAAGAUUUUGGUCCUGGCUACAGUGAUGAAGAACCAGAAACAGGACGAUAUGAAGAAGACUUAGCUGAUGAAAUGAUAUGCAUUACAAGCUUAUAG